AUGCAUCGCACAUACUCCAUGAGACAGUCGCGGGCUCCUACUGCCUCGCAACUCCAGAACCCUCCUCCACCACCUUCUAGCACCAAGUCCGGACGUUUGUUCGGAAAGGGCGGUCUUGGCCAUGCUCUCCGCAAGCAAACCGCCGGGCAAUUCGGCCCAGAUCUUGCCAAGAAGCUCUCUCAGCUCGUCAAGAUGGAGAAGAACGUGAUGCGCAGCAUGGAGCUCGUGGGCCGUGAGCGUAUGGAGGUUGCUCAACAACUCUCCAUCUGGGGUGAGGCAUGCGAUGACGACGUUUCGGAUGUCACGGAUAAGCUCGGUGUCUUGCUCUACGAGAUCGGUGAGCUUGAGGACCAGUAUGUUGACCGUUAUGACCAAUACCGGGUUACCAUUAAGAGCAUCCGAAACAUCGAGGCUUCCGUCCAACCCAGCAGAGACCGCAAGCAAAAGAUCACCGACCAAAUCGCUCAGCUCAAGUACAAGGAGCCCAACUCUCCCAAGAUUGUCGUCCUCGAGCAAGAGCUUGUUCGCGCCGAAGCCGAGUCCCUAGUCGCCGAAGCCCAGCUCUCCAACAUUACCCGUGAGAAGCUAAAGGCAGCCUACACCUACCAAUUUGAUGCCCUCCGCGAACACUGCGAGAAGCUCGCCAUCAUCGCUGGCUUCGGAAAGCACCUCCUCGAGCUUGUCGAUGACACACCGGUGACGCCGGGCGAGACCCGCGCUGCGUACGAUGGCUAUGAGGCUUCUAAGGCUAUCAUCCAAGACUGUGAAGACGCACUCACCAAUUGGGUUACUGCCAACGCCAAGGUUUCGUCUAACCUCUCAACUCGUGCCCGCACAUUGUCUCAACGCCGUCGCAACAACAUCCAGCGUAAUGCCGAGGGUCAUGAUCUCUCAGGCCAAGAUCAGCCAUUGAACGACCGCGAAUCAGGUCUCUGGGUUCCAGCUAGCGCUCACAAGGGCGAUGAGUUUGAUGAUGAGGAGGAAGAGGAGGAGCUUGGUGCACCUUCUAUCCAAGAUAGCGCUAUUAAUGGCGAGUCGAGAGGCCGUACUGAAGAGGUUAUCGCAUAA